AUGGAGUCCUGCACGCCUCAGAACGCUGUUCUCGCUCAGGUGAGCCAGUUCUGGUCCAUGCUGGAUGAGAUGGCGCAAAACAAUGCUGAAGAGUACAAGCGUUUUAUCGAGCGCCAGAUGAGAGACAGUGCCGAAUAUUUUUCACCCCCUGAGCCGCACAGCUGCCUCCGCACAUCUGUCGGCCUCCAGCCCCAUGAUGGGACACUGUACUUGAACAUGUGUGGUUGGAAGCGAGUUCCUGCCCCGACCUCUCCUGCCCAGCCUGUCCCUGUGUGGGGGGGAGAACUGGAGAGGGGAUCUCAACGCAAAGAGAAUUACCAUAUAGUGGACGUGGCCUUCAAUCCAGAAGUUCUUCAAAGAGCAGAGAAAAAUCCACAAGAAAAGGAGCAGAUACAUCUUCUGGCUCUAAACUUUAUCCAGAAGCAACAUAAGCUGAGCCUGUCACAACACUUCACUGUCAUGAAGGCCAAACUAAAGGGCACUGUACAGGAUAUGAAACGCCGGCUAAUGUCACGACAUCAGACUAAAACCAGAGCGCCAGAUCAGGAUAAUCCCCAAACUAAACCAGCCCAGUCAUUGCUUCAGCAGAUCUGCUCACUACGAAUGGAAGAAGACAGAGAGGAGUCCAGUAUUCAGCUGAGUCUGGGUCAGGAGGAUAAAGACAAGGCCAGGCCAGGUCUUAUUGAGGUGAUCUCCAGCACGGAGUUUGUUCAGCCUCAGCAGCCGAAACAUCAGAUGACGGUGUGUUCACUGAGCAGUGACUCAGACAGGAGAAUAAAGCUGUGUGUAGAACUGCCUGGAAUAAACUCUGUCUCCCAGUGCCAGCUCAGCAUCAGCCAGGAUGACAUAGUGCUGGAAGUGGAGAAGAUGUAUUUUCUUCAUCUUCGGUUCCCAGAGCAAGUGAAUGAGGAAACAUGCCUUGCAAAAUUCAACAAGAAGAAACACAUACUGACUUUUUCAGCAUCUGUACUGUAAAUUCAGUAACUUAAGCUACAGCCACACGACAACUUGCAAUGCUUAGCGAUGGGUUAAUCGCAAUGAGGCAUUUUGGUGAUGAUGCAUGGCGAUGUACAGGCGAGCUAAAAGCUCUGGUCAUAGAGCAGGCGAACACUUGACAGUCACAAGCCUGGUGCAACUCAAGCAGCCACACUCGCUCACGGAGUACAUUGUGCGUGCUCUUGGGACCCAGUUGUUAUGGGAAACACCUGAUGCUGAUUUUAGCACAAUCAGCCCAUGCAUAUAAGGACGUUGUUUUCACAGAGACUUUGCGAAGUAUUCUGUCAGCUAUGCGGCGGUAGAUGGAUGAAAGUGCAGGAAGUGUGUUUAUUAGCAGGUGUGAUAUUUACAAAAUCAAAAUGUGAGGAAAAGUCAGAGUAACAAAACACAAACGAAGCCAAAAGUAAAACAGAAAUCAGUGUCAUAAAGCAGAGUCAUAAACAUGGCUAGAAACAAACGUGACAGUGAUGAUAAUACUUCAAAAAGUCUCUGUGAAAAGUGUCCUUAUAUGUGCAUGCUGAUUGCGCUCAAAUCAGCAUCAGGUGUUUCCUGUAAUGUUUAGGUCCCAAGAGCACGCACAACGCGCUCCAAAGGAUCCCCAAGUGUAAAUGCAUUUUAAGUCUUGGCGAAGUUUUGGCUAUGCCUUGCUGCUGUGUUGACGAAGCUCCCGCAAGCAUUAGGGACAUGGAUUCAAGACAAAUACAUCUCAAGAGGCUUGGCGAAAUUUCCCCAAGCUUCAGGAAGUAUUCCCAAACUCAUCUGAGACCAUUCGCUGCUUAGUUUGCUGACGAAAACAUCACCAAAUUUCAAUGCAUGUAUGGAAAAUUUUCAUGACAUUUUUAGCCACUCAUGAGGUGUAGACACCAAAAAACAACUCUCGAAGCUUGGAGAACAUUUGCCGUGUAUUGCACAAUUGGUGGCAAUGCUACCAAUUUUUCAUCGCCAAGUAUUUACAAAGGCGGCACGGUGGUGUAGUGGUUAGCGCUGUCGCCUCACAGCAAGAAGGUCCUGGGUUCGAGCCCCGGGGCCGGCGAGGGCCUUUCUGUGCGGAGUUUGCAUGUUCUCCCCGUGUCCGCGUGGGUUUCCUCCGGGUGCUCCGGUUUCCCCUACAGUCCAAAGACAUGCAGGUUAGGUUAACUGGCGACUCUAAAUUGACCGUAGGUGUGAAUGUGAGUGUGAAUGGUUGUCUGUGUCUAUGUGUCAGCCCUGUGAUGACCUGGCGACUUGUCCAGGGUGUACCCCGCCUUUUGCCUAUAGUCAGCUGGGAUAGGCUCCAGCUUGCCUGCGACCCUGUAGAAGGAUAAAGCGGCUAGAGAUAAUGAAUGAAUGAAUGAAGUAUUUACAAACUCAUUGCAAGCUGUAGUGUGACCAGGGCCUUAGCUUUCUAACAAAUCUUCAUCAAUUACACACACUCCUUUUUGCUCCAUGAUGUUGGUCAUCUAUGUAUUUACUGUAUCAGUGUACUUAUCUCAGUGAUAUUUAUGGCCUUCUAUGAGCUGAACAUUACAUUUUGCAAGGUGGCACACAUUUGCAGAACCUAAAAUGUAAAGGAGUUGGUGAACUCAAGGUGUACAGGAAAUGCUUCUUUAUUAACAUGGUGGACAAAUAUUGGGUAUUUGAUUUAACGUGGAUAAAAACCCUGGACAAA